CUCGCCUGUGAGAACAGCAUUUCUGGACCUGCUGACAGCCUCUACUACUCAGCCUUACCUAGCGCCAUGUCAGGCCAUCACACUCCCUCUGCCGGGGGCCCCUUCUCAGCACUCACUCCCAGCAUUUGGCCUCAGGAGAUCCUGGCAAAAUACACACAGAAAGAAGAAUCUGUCGAGCAGCCAGAGUUCCACUAUGAUGAAUUUGGUUUCCGAGUUGAUAAGGAAGAUGGUGCUGAGCCAAACUCCAGCAAGCUCCUGGGGAUCCCACUGACAGAGGAGCCACAGCAGAGGCUCAAGUGGCAGGCUCACCUGGAAUUUACACAUAACCAUGACGUGGGUGAUCUCACCUGGGACAAAAUUGAGGUCACCCUACCUCAUUCAGACAAGCUGCGCUCCCUGGUGCUAGCUGGCAUCCCGCAUAGCAUGAGGCCACAGCUGUGGAUGCGCCUGUCAGGAGCCUUGCAGAAGAAGAGGAAUUCAGAGAUGUCGUAUCGGGAUAUUGUGAAAAACAGCUCUAACAAUGAAACCAUUGCUGCCAAACAGAUCGAAAAGGACUUGCUACGCACAAUGCCCAGCAACGCCUGCUUCUCCAACAUGAACAGUAUCGGGGUGCCACGGCUACGCAGGAUACUACGUGGACUUGCCUGGCUCUACCCAGAGAUUGGAUAUUGCCAGGGCACUGGCAUGAUGGCUGCCUCUCUGCUGCUCUUCUUGGAGGAGGAAGAUGCCUUCUGGAUGAUGUGCGCUAUCAUCGAGGAACUGGUUCCUGCCUCCUACUUCAGCACCACCCUGAUGGGCGUGCAGACAGACCAGCGUGUCCUGCGACAGCUCAUUGUGCAGUACUUGCCUCGCCUGGACAAGCUGCUCCAGGAGCAUGACAUUGAGCUCUCCUUGAUCACCUUGCACUGGUUCCUCACGUCUUUCGCUAGUGUUGUUCACAUCAAGCUGCUGCUGCGUAUUUGGGACCUAUUCUUCUACGAGGGUUCUCUGGUGCUGUUCCAGCUCACUUUGGGCAUGCUCAGUAUGAAGGAGGAUGAGCUAAUCCAGUCUGAGAACUCUGCCUCGAUCUUCAACACGCUCUCGGACAUCCCCAGUCAGAUUGAAGAUGCAGAUGUGCUGCUGCGGGAGGCCAUGCGCGUGGCUGGCUCGCUGACAGAUGUGGCGGUGGAGACACAGCGCCGCAAACACUUGGCCUACCUCAUUGCUGACCAAGGGCAGCUGCUCAACUCCAGCACCACUGUCAACAAUUUGUCCAAAAUUGUGCGUCGCAGAACUCAGCGCAGGAAAUCUGGCAUCACCUCUCUGCUUUUCGGGGAUGAUGAUCUGGAGGCACUGAAAGCCAAGAACAUCAAGCAGACAGAGCUAGUGGCUGACCUGCGUGAGGCCAUUCUGCAGGUGGCACGGCACUUCCAGUGUGUGGAUCCCAAGAACUGCAGCAUUGAUCUGACUCCAGACUACAGCAUGGAGAGCCACCAGCGGGACCACGAGAACUAUGUGGCCUGUUCCCGCAACCGCCGCCGGCGAGCCAAGGCCCUGCUGGACUUUGAGCGACACGAUGACGAUGAGCUGGGCUUCCGCAAGAACGACAUCAUCACGAUUAUUUCCCAGAAGGAUGAGCACUGUUGGGUGGGAGAGCUGAACGGACUGAGAGGUUGGUUUCCUGCAAAAUUUGUGGAGAUCCUGGAUGAGCGGAGUAAAGAGUACUCCAUCGCUGGAGAUGACUCGGUCACAGAAGGGGUGACGGACUUGGUGCGAGGAACACUCUGUCCAGCCUUGAAGUCCAUAUUUGAACAUGGAUUGAAGAAGCCAUCUCUGCUGGGGGGGCCCUGCCACCCCUGGCUGUUCAUUGAAGAGGCUGCAAGCAGGGAAGUGGAACGUGACUUUGACUCUGUGUACUCUCGCCUUGUGCUCUGCAAGACUUACAGGCUUGAUGAAGAUGGCAAAGUCCUCACUCCAGAGGAGCUGCUUUACCGGGCGGUUCAGGCUGUGAACAUGACACAUGACGCUGCACAUGCACAGAUGGACGUGAAGCUUCGUUCCCUCAUCUGUGUUGGUCUGAAUGAGCAGGUGCUGCACUUGUGGCUGGAGGUGCUGUGCUCAAGCCUGCAGACCGUGGAGAAGUGGUUCCAUCCCUGGUCAUUCCUGCGCAGUCCCGGCUGGGUGCAGAUCAAAUGUGAGCUGAGAGUCCUCUGCAAAUUCGCCUUCAUUUUUUUUCUGCCAAUAAAGAGGGAGGAGAAGAAGCCACUGAAGGAAGGGGUGCAGGACAUGCUCGUGAAGCACCAUCUCUUCAGCUGGGACAUAGAUGGGUGA